AUGUGGUUCUCCAAGAAUCAGGCUUCUGGCGACGAGCUGCCGGCCGACCUGGUGACGAAAAAGCUCGAAAAUGCUUCUGUUAUGAAACAUGAGGAGUGGGGGCUGCCGGACGGAGAGAUUGCCUCGGCUGAAUACUCUGACUUUAUUGAACAUGAGGAUAGACCGUUGGCGUUGAAGAGAGACUUGAAAAACCGUCAUAUUUCGCUUAUUGCGUUGGCUGGUAUUAUCGGUCCCGGUAUUUUGGUGGGUGCUGCUAAUCCUACUAGUGAAGGACCUGCGUCGUUGAUUAUUGGUUUUGGUGUCAUUGGUCUUAUUGCUUUUGCCAUGGUGCAGAGUUUGGGUGAGUUGGCUACGUUGUAUCCUUCGGGCUGUGUUUUUUCCACCUUGGGUGCUAAGUUUGUGGACCGUGCUAUUGGUGGUACGGUGGGCUGGAACUAUGUGAUUAUCUGGGUCGCUGUGCUUGCUAAUGAGUAUAAUAUGGUGGCAAAUAUCUUGACCGACUGGGGUCCUCAGGUGCCUUUGUACGGCUACAUCUUGAUCUUUUACGCUGCGUUUAUGGCGUUCCAGUUUCUUGGUGUGGGUACUUUUGGCGAGGCCGAGUUUUGGCUUGCUUUGACCAAGAUUAUUGGUAUUUUCGCCUUUUACUUGUUUUCCAUUAUUUACGUUUCUGGCGGUGUCAAGGGCAGAGACGCCUUUGGUUUCCAGUACUGGAACGACCCUGGUCCUUUGAAGGACGGGUUUAAAUCGGUGGUUUCAAGUUUUGUGUUUGCCUCCACUUUCUACUCCGGUACCGAGUCGGUGGCUAUUGCUGCUUCCGAAACCAAGAACCCUUCGAAAGCCAUUCCAAGAGCCAUCAGACAGACGUUUGUCCGUAUUAUUGUCAUUUACAUGGGUAUUGCUCUUUUUUACGGUAUGACUGUUCCUUACAACGACCCAAAGUUGGACAACGACGCUUACCUCCAAUCCCCAAUGACCAUUGCCGUCCAGAACGCCGGUUGGGAAGGUGGCAGACACUUGAUCAAUGCUUUCAUUGUGGUGACUUGUAUUUCUGCCAUUAACUCUUCCAUCUACAUUGGUUCCAGAACCAUUGUCCACUUGGCCAACGACGGUUCUGCUCCAAAGAUCUUGGCCAGAUUGAACAGACAAAGUGUUCCAUACCUUUCUGUGAUUUUGUUCAACUCGUUUGGCCUCAUUUCCUUGAUGAACGUCAGUACUGGUGCUGCCAAGGCCUACAACUACAUUGUUAACAUUUCCGGUGUGGCCGUGUUUAUCUGUUGGGGUGCCAUCAACUUCUACCACUUGAGAUUCAGAAAAGCCUGGGUCAGCCAGGGCCGUUCCGUGGAGAGUCUACCUUACAAAGGGUGGUUAUACCCAUGGUUGCCUCUUGGAGGUCUUAUUUUGGACGUUUUCUUGUUGCUCAUCCAGGGUUGGAACACUUUCGACCCAUUUGAUGCUGCCAACUUCGUUGACGCAUAUAUUUUGAUUCCAUUCUUCUUCAUCCUCUUUGGUGUCUUGAAGUGGUGGCAGAAGACCAAGUUCGUCAAGCUAUCUGAGAUUGAUCUUGACGAAGGCCGCAGAAAGGACUUGGAUUGA